AGCUGCGGCAGCAACAGCAACAGCCACUGCAGUUAGAGCGGCAGCAGCCGCAACGAGCGGCGCUCGGCGGGCGCGCCCUCCUGAAGGAAGCCGCCCGCCCCCCAUCGCCAUCCCCUCCGGCGUGUUCAUGCCCCCGGGGCCCCAGGGAGCGCCAUGGCCCGAGCACGCCAGGAGGGCAGCUCCCCGGAGCCCGUAGAGGGCCUGGCCCGCGACGGCCCGCGCCCCUUCCCGCUCAGCCGCCUGGUGCCCUCGGCGGUGUCCUGCGGCCUCUGCGAACCCGGCCUGCCUGCUGCCCCGGCCGCCCCCGCCCUGUUGCCCGCCGCCUACCUCUGCGCCCCCACCGCCCCGCCCGCCGUCACCGCCGCCCUGGGGGCCCCCCGCUGGCCUGGGGGUCCCCGCAGCCGGCCCCGAGGCCCACGACCCGACGGUCCUCAGCCUUCACUCUCGCCCGCGGAGCAGCACCUGGAAUCGCCAGUGCCGAGCGCCCCGGGGGCCCUGGCGGGCGGCCCCACCCAAGCGGCCCCGGGAGUCCGGGGGGAGGAGGAGCAGUGGGCCCGAGAGAUCGGGGCCCAGCUGCGGCGGAUGGCGGACGACCUCAACGCGCUGUACGAGCGGCGGAGACAAGAGGAGCAGCAGCGACACCGCCCCUCGCCCUGGAGAGUCCUGUACAAUCUCAUCAUGGGACUCCUGCCCUUCCCCGGGGGCCGCGGAGCCCCCGAGGUGGAGCCCAAUUAGGUGCCUGUACCCGCCCGGUGGACGUCGGGGACUCGGGGGGGCAGGACCCUCCCAACUCCUGACGCCCUGGCCAGCGCGGGGGACUCUUUCUGCACCAUGUAGCAUACUGGACUACAGCCCUGCCCAACCCAGGGGCAGGCCAGGGCAGCCACUCCCGACCCAGCCCCGGCCUAACCCCGGGGAGCACUGAUGGAGACGUGGACUCCUGGGCCCCUGGCUGAGGGGCCAGGGGAGAGAGGGCUGACGGACUCGGCGUCUGAAGGCGGCGGGGACUGAGGGGGCAGGGCCUGAGCUGCUCCCCUCUGCCGCCCACCACCAUCUCAGGAAAGGCUGCUGGUGCUGGCUGCCCAUUCCAGCUGCAGCGGUGACACUGGGGGGCAGGGGUCUCUCCCCCCAGCGCUCCUUCACUUUGGGCCUGGCCUCAGGCCCCUGGUGCUUCCCCCCCUCCUCCCAGGGAGGGGGCCCAUGAAGAGCAAAUGAGCCAAACGUGACCACUAGCCUCCUGGAGCCAGAGAGUGGGGUGCGUCCUGAUGGGUGCCCCGGCCCAGCGCCCAGCCAUCUUCCCUGAGCCAGCCGGCGGGUGGUGGGCAUGCCUGCCUCACCUUCAUCUGGGGGUGGCCAGGAGGGGCCCAGACUGUGAAUCCUGUGCUCUGCCCACGACCACCCCCCGCUCCCCCCCCCCCAUCAAUCCCAUUGCAUAGGUUUAGAGAGAGCACGUGUGACCACUGGCAUUCAUUUGGGGGGUGGGAUAUUUUGGCGGAAGCCGCCCCAGCCUUAGUCCCCAGGGCGAAGCGCUGGGGGGAGACGGGGAGUCAGGGAGGGGGGGAAAAUCUCAGAAGAGGGAGGAGUCUGGGAGUGGGGAGGGAUGGCCCAGCCUGUAAAAUACUGUAUAUGCGCUGCUGUAGAUACCGGAAUGAAUUUUCUGUACAUGUUUGGUUAAUUUUUUUUGUACAUGAUUUUUGUAUGUUUCCUUUUCAAUAAAAUCAGAUUGGAACAGUG